GCUGCCGCCUCGGGUCCCUAACCCAGCAGACCGCUCACCCAUCGGCUGGAAUGCUUGCUGAUUCCUCUGCAAACUUCUAAGACUGAGACCCUGAGGAAACUACUUGGAGAAUGCCAUCUGAACGCUGCCUCAGUAUUCAAGAAAUGCUGACAGGCCAGAGGCUCUGCCACUCCGAAUCUCACAAUGAUAGCGUCCUGGCAGCCCUGAACCAGCAGAGAAGUGACGGCAUCCUCUGUGAUGUCACUCUGAUUGCUGAGGAACAGAAAUUCCAUGCUCACAAGGCAGUCCUAGCAGCAUGCAGCGACUAUUUCCGGGCCAUGUUCAGUCUUUGCAUGGUGGAAAGUGGAGCUGAUGAGGUGAAUUUGCAUGGUGUGACCAGCCUUGGCUUAAAGCAAGCUCUGGAGUUUGCAUACACAGGACAGAUUUUGUUGGAGCCAGGCGUGAUCCAGGAUGUGUUAGCAGCUGGCAGUCACCUACAGCUCUUGGAGCUUCUCAAUUUAUGUUCCCAUUAUCUCAUCCAGGAAUUAAAUAGCUUUAAUUAUUUGGAUCUGUACAGACUUGCGGAUCUCUUUAACCUCACUUUGUUGGAGAAGGCAGUGAUCGAUUUCUUAGUGAAACAUCUCUCGGAGCUCCUGAAGAGCCGCCCGGAAGACGUCCUGACGCUGCCUUACUGCCUGCUGCAGGAGGUCCUGAAGAGUGACCGCCUGACCUCCCUGAGCGAAGAGCAGAUCUGGCAGCUAGCCUUGAGGUGGUUGGAACACAGCUGCCAUUACCAGUACAUGGAUGAGCUCCUGCAGUACAUCCGCUUUGGCCUUAUGGAUGUGGAUACUCUCCAUACAGUUGCCCUGUCGCACCCCCUCGUCCAAGCAAGUGAGACCGCAACAGCCCUUGUCAACGAGGCCCUGGAAUACCAUCAGAGCAUCUAUGCACAGCCCGUCUGGCAGACUCGCAGGACCAAACCGCGGUUUCAGUCCGACACUCUGUAUAUCAUUGGUGGGAAAAAGCGUGAGGUCUGUAAAGUCAAGGAACUUCGGUACUUCAAUCCUGUUGAUCAGGAGAAUGCUCUCAUAGCUGCCAUUGCCAACUGGAGUGAGCUGGCUCCCAUGCCCGUGGGCAGGAGCCACCACUGUGUGGCAGUCAUGGGCGACUUCCUGUUUGUAGCAGGAGGGGAAGUUGAGCAUGCCAGUGGCCGUUCCUGUGCCGUGAGGACUGCUUGUCGCUAUGAUCCCCGCAGUAAUUCCUGGGCAGAGAUAGCAUCCAUGAAAAACUGCCGGGAGCACUUCGUGCUGGCAGCCGUGGAUGAAUGCCUCUAUGCAGUUGGGGGCAGAAAUGAACUGCGCCAGGUUCUGCCUACAGUGGAGCGAUAUUGCCCCAAGAAGAACAAAUGGACUUUUGUGCAGUCCUUUGACCGAUCCCUUUCAUGUCAUGCUGGAUAUGUGGCUGAUGGUCUUCUUUGGAUAUCAGGUAGAACAUGCCUCAUAUCCCCUCAUAGCUGCCUUUUUGCUUGUACAGAAGGAGUCUGUGUGGCAUAUGUUAUCUGCAUCACACUAUCAACCUAUGUUUUCAAUCCUAUUAUUGAGAAAGACCUCAAGUGUUCUCCUUUGAAAGGUGUGCCUCUAACAGGAGGAAGUCGCAUCUUCUCCCAGUUGGAGGAUACCCGUUUUAAUAAGUGGAUAAGCCGCAGCCCCAUGCUGCAGAGGAGGGUCUACCAUUCCAUGGCUGCUGUCCAAAGGAAGCUUUAUGUUCUUGGAGGCAAUGAUCUAGAUUACAAUAAUGACCGGAUCCUUGUGCGUCAUAUAGAUUCUUAUAACAUAGACACUGACCAAUGGACGCGCUGUAAUUUCAACCUGUUGACUGGCCAAAAUGAAUCUGGAGUUGCUGUCCAUAAUGGGAGAAUAUAUUUAGUUGGUGGAUAUUCAAUUUGGACAAAUGAGCCUCUAGCUUGUAUCCAGGUAUUGGAUGUAAGUAGAGAAGGCAAAGAAGAAGUAUUCUAUGGGCCUACACUCCCUUUUGCUUCCAAUGGAAUAGCAGCAUGCUUCCUUCCAGCUCCAUAUUUCACAUGCCCUAACCUUCAAACUCUUCAAGUGCCUCAUCACAGAAUUGGCACCGUCUGAAAAGCCAAUGCUCUGUUAAUAACCAUCAUGAACAGGAGGAAAACAAAGGCCCAUCUUUCGGAUACUGGGCAUAAAAAGACUCAGUGCUCCAUGCUUCCUUGUCUUGUUUUAUAGGUCUUAUAUUCAGAUAAAUAUUAGCAAAAAAUGAACAAUUUUCUAAAAUACAUUAUUGAAAACUCUUGUCACCCUUCUCAGCGUAUGUCAACAUACAAUACAAUAUGUAUGACUUUUAUUGUGGUGUAGCUUAGUGCCAACUUAAUGGUACAUUAUUGUUCCAUGGGUCUUUAGAGCAUUCUUUGUAUACUUUUUCUAAUCAGCACUGUCUAUGACAACACGAAACUGUUAGUAAGGCAGUUUAUUUCACAGAAUGAUGAAUGAUCUUUAAAAAUAUCUUCCAUACCUAAUCCCUUUACUACCUAAACCUGGGCCUGUAAUUUUUCUUUUUAAAUUUUAACAUUAUGCAGCCCUGCUCAGUAAAGACUCAGUAUUAUGACAUCAUGAAUUUUUAAAUGCCAUAUUUUAUUCAAAGUGAUAGGAAUAAUAGAAGUACACUGGAAUAGCAGUUGGAAUACCCUGAUUUUUCACCUUGGUUACUCUGGCCUUGGGUCAGAACCUUAAUUUUGCAGUGCUUCAGUUUUACCACCUUUUAAGGAGGAUGAUUACUGAUUUCCAUAUUAAUUCAAAACAAUGUUGUGAGUAUUAGGCAAAUGCUCUGAAGUAUUUUGCCUAAGAAAAAAAUGUUACUCAAAUUACAAGGUACUUUACUGUCUUUAGAACCUUAUAACUAAAUAGACUAUUUUUGAAGUUUAAACAUUACUAGAUAGAACUUGGAAAACAUACUAUGAGAUAAAUGAUUCUGAAAAGCAUCUGAAAGAGAUACAAUAAUUAGGAAAUAGGGAGUUUACCAAAACAGAUGAUAUCUAAACUUGUACAAAUCCUUACCUCAGAUAACUCUCAAAUGUCUCACUUAAAAUCACUUAGUGAAAAAUGACAUUUUAAAGCUAAAAAAAAAAUUAGUUGUUCUAAUUAUGAUACCAUAAAGUGCUCUGACAUAAAUUUGAACCUGGAAUUGGCAAUUCUAAGGAAAGUUAUUCUACUUUGUUAAAGGUUAUGUCAAUCUUGAGUGCUUGUGGGAUUCUUCUCCACCAAUACAUAUUUUAUUACUACCACUUUUAAUAAUGCAUAAGAAUUCUUUUUUAGGCUACGUUUUUGGAUUUGCUUUGUCUGUAACAAAAAAUAAAUAAAACAACUUAAUAAUCAUAUCUGAACAUAA